AUCUGUCACUCGUUCGAAGGUAUUUCGUUCGUUCGGGAGUUCGGUGAUUUUGUUUGGUUUCGUGAUUUUAUGCAUUUCACGAAUUUCUACCUAUUACGAAAUUAAUUUUUAUGGCUUACAACCGUUCUUCUUCUUCAUCUCCCGAAAUAACUUUUAACGAAAUAAAAAUGGCAUCCACAAGCGCUAAUUCUCAGAUGACGAUAGCUCAGAAGACAUGGACGAUGGCGAACAAUAUCGAAACAGUGUCCAAUGUUGAUGAUAUUUAUCGUUACGAUAAGAAACAACAGCAGGAUAUCCUUGCGGCGAAACCAUGGGAAAAAGAUCCUCACUUCUUCAAAGACAUAAAGAUAUCAGCACUAGCUUUGCUGAAGAUGGUGAUGCAUGCGCGUUCUGGAGGUACCUUGGAAGUCAUGGGAUUACUACUGGGCAAAGUUGAUGCAAACACUAUGAUUGUUAUGGAUUCCUUUGCUCUCCCCGUUGAAGGUACAGAAACUCGUGUAAAUGCACAAGCACAGGCAUAUGAAUAUAUGACAGCUUACAUUGAAGCAGCUAAGCAGGUUGGCCGCCAUGAAAAUGCAAUUGGCUGGUAUCACAGUCACCCAGGGUAUGGUUGCUGGCUCUCCGGCAUUGAUGUCUCCACGCAGAUGCUGAAUCAAAACUUCCAGGAGCCAUUUGUAGCUAUUGUCAUUGACCCAGUUAGGACCAUCUCUGCAGGGAAAGUGUGCCUUGGUGCUUUCAGAACUUACCCAAAGGGCUACAAACCAGCAAAUGAGGAGCCUUCAGAAUACCAAACUAUCCCUCUUAAUAAGAUCGAAGACUUUGGUGUCCAUUGCAAGCAAUAUUACUCUCUAGAAGUUUCCUACUUCAAGUCGUCUUUGGACCGGAGGCUGCUGGAUUCACUAUGGAACAAAUAUUGGGUGAACACGCUUAGCAGUUCCAGUCUCAUCACCAAUGCAGAUUACACCACAGGCCAGAUAUUUGAUUUGUCCGACAAGUUGGAACAGAGUGAAGUGUCUUUGGGCCGAGGCGGUUUCGUCACCGAUUCUCACGAGAAACGCACCGAAGAUAAGCUGAUGAAGGCCACAAAAGACGCGUGCAAGACCACCAUUGAGGUGAUCCACGGUCUCAUGGCGCAGAUGAUAAAAGACCGCCUCUUCAACGGAGUUAGCGGACGCCCCGCCCCGCCCACGCCUAUGAUCGAGUGAAUGCGAAUGUUAUGUGCUACUGAAUAAGUCUUUGUAUACCUAAUCUUAAAUAAAAAUACUGAUAUCUUGCA